CCUCAAACUUUUUAAGAGAACUUAUGACUUUUAACUACAUUGAAUGAAAUGAGUCUUACAGAGAACUUCAAUCUGUAAAAAAGUUUUAAUUCACAUCAAUCCUUUCUAGCUGAAGGGAGGUGUUAAAAGCUAGAGCAUUGCCAAGGCAAUAAAACAUUCAUUUUUAUCAGCUGUGAAAAACCAGUGUUACAGCAUAACACUGAUGGCAAAAACCCUCCCAUCUCAUUCUUAUCAGAUACAGAUGUACAUCAAAACCAGCAUGCGUUCCCUUCUUCUUAUUUAUGCUUUCAACAACAGCUGCCGCAACGGACCCUGUGCCGUCAUGAAGGGUAAACUGGAAAUCCUGGCCAUGGUGCUGGGCAUCAUUGGACUUGUAGGGACCAUAGCCACGGCCGUGAUGCCCAUGUGGAAGGUCUCAGCCUUCAUCGGCCCCAACCUCAUCGUCAUGGAGACGCAAUGGCAGGGGCUGUGGAUGGCCUGUAUACGACAGGCGGACAUUAACAUGCAAUGUAAGGUCUACGACUCUUUGCUCAUCCUACCAGCAGACAUCCAGGCGGCUCGUGGGCUCAUGUGCACAGCCAUAAUGCUGGCUUUUCUGGCCGUUCUGGUAUCCAUCAUUGGAAUGAGUGGGACAAACAGUUGUAAUAACAACAUCAGGGGCAAGAAUGUGAUCCAGGUGGUUGGCGGUUGUCUGUUUAUUGUCGCCUCUCUGGCUACUCUCAUCCCUGUGGCCUGGUCCACACACACCAUCGUCAGAAAUUUCUACAAUCCUGCAGUGGUGGAAUCGCAAAAAUUUGAGAUCGGACAAUCUCUGUAUGUGGGCUUUGCCACUUUCAUUUUACUCAUGGUAGCGGGGGUGAUCUUAUUCUUCCGGUAUGCCAGCCACCAGACGAAGGAAGAGGAAGAGUACAUCCCUGGACGGGAAAAGAAAGCGGGAAUGCCAAUGUUGGAACGGACACCCUCUGGGUCUUACAAGAAGAGUCAGUAUGUCUGACAAUAUUACACCAAUGACAAUUGAUAUAUAUUUCUACAAAUACCUCUCUGGUUUUAGUUACUUUAAGUUUUAAU